AUGCAGGGCCUGCGGUGGGGACAGAUGGCCGGCGUGGAUCUGGCCGGGAAGAGGGCGGCGCCGCCACCACCACCGGCGGUGCCGCUGUCGAUCGACGCGGCGGAGACGACGGAGAUGCGGAUGGAGCGGCUGAUAACGGAGAACCCGGUGGUCAUCUUCAGCAAAUCCUCCUGCUGCAUCUGCCACGUGAUGAAGCGGCUUUUGUGCACCAUCGGCACCCACCCUACGGUCAUCGAGCUGGAAGACGGCGAGAUGGACCGCGCCGCGGCGGCGCUGGGCCUCCCCCCCUCCGCCGGCGGCCCAGCGGCGCCGCCGUCUCCGGCCGUCUUCAUCGGCGGCACCCUGAUCGGAGGCCUCGAGAGCCUCAUGGCCCUUCACCUCAGCGGCCUCCUCGUCCCCCGCCUCAGAGAGGUCGGCGCUCUCCUCCUCUGA